AUGGCUGGCUUCACUCUUGGGCACCUAGCUCAAGGCAGGGAUACUUGCCGCAAUGAAAGUGUUGAUGACACUAUCAGCUCUGCGUCCUCGCGUCGUAUCUUUUCUCGAAGCGGAAGCGAGUCUGGGAGAAGUCAAGAAAGGCUGAAUACUCAGCCGCAUCCACCUUACGACGAUGAGGAGGCAAUCACAUUUGCCAUCUCGAGGUAUCCAGAUUUUUCCAGAGGACAAGACGACGACAUGUCUAACACCAUGUCAAACACUACGAAAAAGAAGACCGACACUACCGGCCUGGAUAUAUCGGAGACGAAGAAGCAAUAUAAUCUUUCUUCGGUAUCCGGGUUCUCCAGUAUUGAGCCUCAUGAUGCCGUGGGGUCUGACCAGUCAUUGGAAGUCUUGAGUCAAGGCGCGGGCGCAUCUGCGGACGACGACACUGUGGAAUACCCCGGCCCGCUUGCUCUUGCCUCGAUCAUCCUGGGCAUCUGCCUCUCUAUAUUCAGCGUCUCCUUGGACAGGACCAUCAUAACCACGGCCACUCCUGCCAUCAGUGCUCGCUUCCAAUCGUACGACGACAUCGGCUGGUAUGGCAGCGCGUAUUUACUCACCGCGUCUGCCUUUCAGCCUCUCUACGGCAGGAUCUACACCUCUUUUGAGACCAAGUCCUCCUUUUUGGUUGCUCUGGCCAUCUUCGGCGUCGGGAGCCUAGUGGCUGCUUUGUCUCCGUCGUCUGACACCUUGAUCGUCGGCCGUGCAAUUCAAGGUCUAGGAAGUGCUGGACUGCUGACUGGUGCCUUUGUCAUCGGGACGCAUUCAGUGAAAUUGGAAAGUCGACCGGUCCUCUUUGCCGGCGUGGGCAUCCUUUACGGCGUUGGUGCGAUCUGUGGUCCACUGCUGGGAGGCGCAUUUACCGAUAGCAUUGGCUGGCGUUGGUGCUUCUGGAUCAAUCUUCCCAUUGGAGCGGUGACAUUUUUCACCGUUUUUUUCUGCUUUAAACGUCAAACUCUCAAGGCUGAAUCUAGCCGUCCUCCAUUCAAGCAACGAGUGAUGGAGCUCGACAUCAUCGGCAACAUCAUCCUGCUAGGUGCCACCACGAUGCUCUUCUUGGCUCAGCAGUUCUCCAUACAGCCACCAUACUCCUGGUCCAGUGCGCGCUGCAUCGGCUUGCUCUGCGGAUUUGGUGCGACGACCUUGAUAUUUAUGGCCUGGAUCAUCUGGCGGGGCGAUGCUGCUUUAAUCCCUCUUCGCAUCGUACUCAAGAGAUCGGUAGCUGCCGGUUGUGGUGUGGCUUUCUUCAUCUAUGGUGCUAUCCUCAUCCACUCUUACUAUCUGCCCAUCUGGUUCCAAGCCGUCAAGGGUGCGUCAGCCAUUCAAUCCGGUAUCGAUAUGAUCCCAUACUUGGUGGCAAAUGCCUUUUUUUCCCUGCUGGCCGGGAUUUUCGUUUCCAAGACCGGGCUGUUUGCUUCUCCUGCUAUUGUAGGCUGCGCAAUUGGCACCGUCGGCGCAGGUCUGCUGACAACGAUCAGUCAAUCCACGUCUGUUUCGUGCUGGGUGGGCUAUGAAUUCCUUAUUUCGGUUGGCCUGGGGAUGGCCAUUCAGCAAGGAUUCAGUGCUGUACAGGCCACAUUGCGUCUUGAGGACGUCCCAAUCGGUACCGCCGCAGUUAUCGCAUCUCAAUCCUUGGGUGGUGCUAUCUUCGUCUCCGUGGGAAACACUGUGCUGCAAGGUGACUUGUUGAGCGAGAAAAACCAGCAAACAAUUCCAGGUGUCGACAUUCGCGCCGUUGUUGAGCAGGGGGCAACGCAAUUUCGCAAACUGGUCCCUGCUGAAGACUUGCCCGUAUUCAUCAAUUUAUACAACAACUCGCUGCAAUCUGUGUUCAUUGCAGCCACUGCUUUGUGCGGCAUGGCUUUUCUUUGCAGCCUAUGCUACGAAUUCAAAAGACUCAAUGGAAAGCAAAAGAGGCGGCAAGAGGCGACAGAAAAAGACCGCGAGCACGAAGAGGGUUCAAAUCUAGCUCAGGCCGACCUGGAGCAGUAA